CCGUUACCGAAGCUGCUCUUCUCCGUGGACGGACGGCUUCGGGCUUUCCACAUUGUCGGGUGGAGACCACCGCUGUAGAUCCCCCUUUGGCUGUUGAGUUUUUUUUCCUUCCCCUAUUCGUCGCUUCGAAUUCACCGAAGUAGCCCUCGAAGAUGACGACCACCACCACCUUCCAAGGAGUGGAACCUGGUGCCAAAAGCAGUUCCAGGGUACUACGACCGCCAGGCGGUGCCUCCAGCUUCUCCUUCGGCACAGACGAAAACACCACCCCGCAGCGCAAAAACAAGAUGGCUUCCAGCAUCUUCGCAGAACCCGAGGACCCCCAUGCUCAUCGAAGGAACAACCCACCCAGUGCCACUGAUGCCGCCCCGGGGACACUGUGUGGGGAGCCUUCAGCCCCACUGAGACGGUGCCAGCAGCCUAUUCUGUUCCCCAAGAACCCUCAGCCAGAGCUCACCACCAUCCACAACUCUGGAGCCGCUUUGGUGUGGAACCAAAGACAAGAGGAGGAGAAUGACCAAGAACAAGCCAACAAUGGGUUUCCCGACAACGGAGAGACAGAGCAGGAGGAGCAGGAGGCGCCACAGCCCUCCACCCCGUCGGGAAGCGCCAACUCUUCCACCGGCAGCCGAAGAAACCCACCCGGUGGCAAGUCCAGCCUCAUCCUGGGUUGAGAGACCUUUCUCCUCUUUGUUUUGUUUUUUUCUUUUCUCUUCAAUUUGAACACUUUUUUUUUUUUUUUGAAAGAUAGCCACCACCCCCCCACUCUCUGCCGUCACUCUCUUCCUCUUCAUCGAGCUGUCACCUCUGCGACGCAUGUCCUCCAAACGGUCAUGUCCGCCUCAUUGCUAACACCAACAUAACCUUUUCAUCCUUUUUUUCUAUUAAAAAAAACUGUUGAUAAAAGCACUUUACGUAUCUCUGUGCCCUCCUUCCCGCUCGUUGGAGCCCAUCCCGUGUAGUGCCGGGGGAAGGCAAGACAUUUAGCUCGUCUCCAUCUUGUUCGUCCAUGUUGUAAAUGCUGAAAAAAAAAAAGAAAAAACUGAAUUGUUGCGUGAAUUUCUAAAUACAAUAAAGAUUGAUAUGAAUUUG